CACCUGAGCUGGAGAGGAGCAGGCUGAGCGAACGAUGCUAAAAUCAUAUCCGUGAGCAAACACAGGUGCAGGGGGCUGAGGAGAACAACUGCUCUAUCUGAGAGGAAGGUAAACGAAGGGAAAGCCGCAUAGAAGUCCAGUUUCCCCUGUUCUAAGAGCACUGAAGAAGCUAAGAUGGCUGCUGACGCCCCCCAGAGAUCUGAGGUGGAGGAGCUCCAGAGGAGGGCCAACCAAGUGACAGAUGAGUCACUAGAGAGGACCAGAAACAUGAAGCUUUUGUUAGAGGAGAGUAAAGAUGCAGGCAUCAGGACACUCGUCAUGCUAGAUGAACAAGGCGAGCAACUGGAGCGGAUUGAAGAGGGGCUGGACCAGAUCAAUCAGGAUAUGAGGGAAGCUGAGAAAAACCUUACAGAUAUGGCCAAAUGCUGCGGCUUAUGCUCAUGUGAUAAGCUAAAGAAUUUUGAAGCGAGUGGAGCCUACAAGAAGGUGUGGGGUAAUAAUCAGGAUGGGGUGGUGUCCACUCAGCCCCCAUCUCGGGUGUUGGAUGAGAGAGAGAAGAUGACUAUGAGUGGAGGAUAUAUUACAAGAGUAACGAAUGAUGCCCGAGAGGAUGAGAUGGAGGAGAAUCUGGCCCAGGUGGGCAGCAUCCUUGGCAACUUGAGAAGCAUGGCGCUUGAUAUGCGCAAUGAAAUUGAUACACAGAACGUCCAAAUCGACCGCAUUCAGGGGAAGGCCAUUGUUAACGAGUCUCGCAUUAAUGAGGCAAAUCAGAAGGCUACCAAGCUAAUGGCAAGAUAAACAUGGAGGCAAAAGUGACGAACCUUCGUUUUAAAAAAGGAACCUGAAAAAAGAAAGAGUUUACAUUCUUAUACUAAUAUGUGCACGUCUGAAACACAAAUUCAAUUCACACACAAUAUUUAUGUCAUUCAAUAAAAACUAUUCAACAUGAAGCAUGUUACUACAUUAUGUAGGCUAAUUACAUUAAUGCAAGAUGAA